CUAUUUCAAGCUCAGAAAGCUCGGCCGAAGAAGAAGAAGAUGGCACAGACGCUGGCGACGCCCGUCGCACCGCCGCUCUAUCUCAUCUGCAACCGCGGAGGAAGCUCCGUCUCUCCCUUCUCCACUCUCUCUUUCCCCAUCGCCACCCCUCCCUGGUUUCCUCUGUGGCUUUAUUAGGUUAAAAUAGGAAGAAGAUAUAAAUGCCAAACUUGUCUUCCCACACAAGUAACCGAUCAUGUCAUCAUCGACGAACUCAGCUGCUGCCGGUACAUCACAAGAGGAAAGCUUCCUUCCGCCUUCCCUCCCGGUCCCCGCCGCUGAUCCUGCCUCAACGUCCUCCUCCCUCGGUGGUGGCAUGACUCAGGCCUUUCGUUUCUCCUCCGGGAACCCUAGGAUCGAAGAGACUUGCGGCGUCAUGCACCUCUUCCCCGAUGAUGCCGUCUCCUCCUCCUCUCCCGAUCUCCCGGUUGGACGACAGCCUCUAGUUUGUGUGUUCGGGGUGCCUGAUCACAUGACAUAUGCCGACUUUUGCCAGUUCUGUGCUUCAUUUAUUCAUCAUAUACUGGAGAUGCGAAUUGUCAGGAAUGAUGGGAUGGAAGACCAAUACAGUAUCUUGAUACGUAUGGAUGGGCAGGAUACUACAGAUAACUUCUACCUUUACUUUAACGGAAGGCGUUUUAAUUCUCUUGAAGUAGAGGCUUGCCGUAUUCGUUUCACCGUAGAUAUACAGUACACUGGUUAUAAAGGUUCAGUUGAGCAUCCACAGACUUCUCCAGCGAACAUAAGUGAGCAGCCAUCAUGUCCAGUCUGUCUAGAGAGGUUAGACCAGGACACGAGUGGCAUUCUGACGACCAUCUGCAACCAUUCUUUUCAUAUUUCUUGUAUUUCGAAAUGGAGUGAUUCUUCUUGUCCAGUCUGUCGCUAUUGCCAGCAACAACCAGAGAAGUCAAUAUGUUUUGUGUGUCAAACAUCAGAGAAUCUUUGGAUGUGUGUUAUAUGUGGUUUUGUUGGAUGUGGAAGGUAUAAGGGAGGACAUGCCACAGUACACUGGAAAGAAACACAGCACUGUUAUUCUCUUGAGUUGGAAACUCAACGUGUUUGGGAUUAUGCCGGUGACAACUAUGUGCAUCGGCUUAUCCAAUCCAAAACUGAUGGGAAAUUAGUUGAGUUGAAUUCCCACUGUAUUCACUCUAGAGAUGGUUGUGGAAGUUGCAAAUGUGCCGACUUUGGACUCAAUGAAGCUCUUCUUAGUAGCAAAGUGGAAGUUAUUGUUAAGGAGUAUGACGAUUUGCUUGCCACUCAACUUGAGAACCAGAAAUUAUAUUACGAGACUUUGCUUCAAGAAUUUGAAGAAGAGACUGAAAGGGAAAUUUCUGAAGCUGUUGAGAUGGCUUUGGCCACUAAUAGUAAAGUGCAGAAAAAACAGGCGAAGCUGGACAAGUGUGUCAAAGAGAAGAAAUUUCUUGAAGAACUCAACGAGAAUCUUAUGGCAAAUCAGGAGAUAUGGAAAGCAAAGCUUCUAGAGGCUGAAGAGAGGGAAAGAAAUGCUUUGAGAGCAAAAAAUGAUAAGAUUCAGCAAUUGGAAGAAGAGCUCAAGGACUUGAUGGGGUGCCUUGAAGAAGGUAACUCUAACUGACCAGCUAGUUUAUACCGGAUGGGGUUGAAGAUGGCUCCAAGCUCGCUGAAAGCUUUCUUCAAGAAAUGGUGCUUAGGUGGACUUGGCUGAGCGGUGAUCACAAGUUGGCCAAAAGAAAGGUAAAGGGGUAAUGGUCGUAGGGCGCAUCCGUUGCAAGUGGCUGAUUGCUUUUCUAUGUAUAAUCGGAUAUUUUUCCAGUGGCCCUAGAGAUUAGCGAAACCCCGGUUCUCUACAGAUGAGGGGCAU